GCGAGGUCCGCCGUCCGCUCUGUCGCGUCCUAUAGAACAGACGUGUUGCGUGUUCGCGCCAAAUAUGUUUCAAUAUGAGUUGAACUAUCGUAGGUGGAGUGAAACGAUAAACGAAUAAAAAAAACUAUUUAAUUUUAACUGAAGAUUAAAAUUUUACAGUUUUUUGUGUAGUGUAAAAAAGUGUGCUGUGGGUGUAUUACUUUUACAUAGUUUUUAUUAAUAAACUACACCAUGCAAACGUUUCUAAAUUUUAUUUCAACGUUGAGAGUGUAUGAAUUAGGAUUUCAAGAAAAAUGUUGACAGGGUUUCUAGUAUUUUCGCUUGCAGUCUCCUAUACAUUCCAUAUAGCUCAAUGCUCCAGCCUGCUAUGCGGGCGGACGAAGGAGGUGGAGGUCGGCACUGGCAGUGCCAGCGCGGCUCUGGCACUGACGCUGCUGCGCCCGGCUGGCAGUGCCAACCAGACUGCGCCGUGCCAGCUGCGCCUCACCGCGCCAGACGCGGCCGCCUUCACCGUCAGACUUAUAGACGUUAAGGAGUCCCCAUCGGAAUGGGAGCGGGGUCUCAACGGUGUGCAGGCGCCGGCGCCGGUCGCCGGACUGGGGCGGAAGUGGAGCAGCAGGAGUGCCCACGCCCAGGACACCUCCAACGACAGCCCCGCGCAGGUCACCAACACCACUGACGCCUGUAAAUUGCUCGUGUACAUAGGCGACGCGAAGUCCCCAAUAUGGCGUCUAUCACUCUGCGGCGGGAACGCAGCUGCGGUUGCCUCGCGGGCUGGCACCAAGCUCUUGCCGCCCAAGAUACGCAUAGUGUGGAACCCGCCCGUCACACCAUACCAUCACACCGAGAAGCUGCGGCUGGUGGUCACCGCUGUCAAUAGUGGUCAAGUGUGCAACGAUGAGUCCCAGUUCACGUGCGGCAUGACGUCCCUCUGCAUAUCCUCGGAGCUGGUGUGUGAUGGCGUCCGUCACUGCCCGGGGGGUGAGGACGAGGACUCAAGCGCAUGCGCCCACCGCCGCGACUACCCCCUCCUGGAGAUGCUGAGGAGGUUCGCGGCGAGGAACCAGGAGCUGCUGGGCCUCGAUCAACCGGAGACGCAGAGCAAGCCGUCUGUGAUAAGGGACUUGAAAUUUUCAGUGAAGAUCAGCGAGGGAGAGAAAUCCAGUAAUGCCUUCAUGGAGUUCGCGGCGGCGCUGAAGCCGUACGGGCCCUGGAGCUACCUGGUGGUCGGCAUGCUGGUCUGCGCCACCAUACUCAUGUUCUGCCUGGCUUGGGAAUGCUGCUGCAAGCGGUCCAAGCCGUCGGACACGCCCAUCAACAUCCCAGCUUCGUGCAUCGACCUGUCGCCCACGGUCACCGUAACUGCGGCCUCUCAGCAACUCUUCACCCCCCUGCCCCCCUCCCCGCCGGAGUACGAGCCCCCACCCACGUACUCCUCGCUCUUCCCCCGCGCGUACAAGUCAUCCCCGUCCCCGGUCCCGCACUGCUCCCACCAGCCGCCGCCGGAUUGAGCUGCACCAAAUACGCUUCCUAGACCAUUGAACUAGCGUUUAAGUAUGCAUUUGCGCUCUGUAGUUAAAAAGUAUCAAGACCCGCUGAGCCUGCUAUGUGACAUGAGAAUGACAUGUUCUGUGGAAAAUAAGACAUCAGUGUUGCAACACUAAAAAACGCUAAAUUAUAUUGACCGAUAUUGAAGUGUGGUUUUAAAAACUUUGACUCUGUUAUUAUGAAGUGCAGUACCAUUAUAAUAUUUUUAACUUUUUGUUCAUGGUGUGAUACUUUUUAAAUACACGAUAGCUCAUCAUAUUGAUACCAUAAGACAUUUCUACACUUGUUGGUGAUUGAUUAACUCUAUUGAUGCAUCUAUAACUAUGUAUAUAAUUUAUUAUGAUUUAUGACAAUUCUCCGAUCAAUUUACAACGUGUUAACAUAAAUUUUACUUACUUUUACCAUUAAUAUAUUUAUAAAAUUUAUAUCAAAUUUGUAUUUUACGCAUAAGAUGACCGUUAUGAAGAAGCGAAAUGAGAGGUUAUUACUUAAAAAACAAGUUUAAAUGUAAAAAAGUCAAUAACUAGAGAGGUCAAGCAAAAGACUACAUUUUGGAAUGAUCGACUAAUGACAACCUUUUUUUUAUUAAACUUUAGGCCCACUUGCGCCAGGCUAGAUUGAACCGGGGAUUAAAAUAACUCUCCCAAUUUUUUGUUUAUUAAAAAUUAUAAUCAGUCAUAUUUUAACAAUAGGAAAAAGAAAUAAAUGAUACUGGCGCCAGUGAGUCUAAGGGCCUGUUUCACCACUUCCUGAUAAAGUGCCGGAUAGCCUAUCCGGCACUAUUCACUUUUCAGGAACUGGUGGAACGGCCCUAAAUGCUAUAAAGGUGUUUACACAUCACACGGUACGAUAUCGGACAUCGCAAGUCGCAACGAUAAUUAAAAUGUAUUAAUUU